GGUCGCUCCCGCCCCGGAAGUGGGGCAGGCGGGGACUACGAGGCCCACAAUGCCGCGCGCGGGCGGCCGGAAGGGAGGGCGGGAGCGCCUGAGUGGCAGCCGGAGGAGGAUGGAGGAGGAAGCGGCGGCGGCUGGCGGGGUCGCGGGUGAGUCGGGGUCGCGGGGGGGGCGGUUGCUAGGAGACGCCUCCGCCAGGGGGGCGGGGGCCGAGUCCGGGGGGGGCGCCCCUCCCUCCCUCCUCCCUCCCUCCCUCCCUCCCUCCCCGGCGCCCACCUGGCAGGGCUGUUGUGAAGGCGGCGCCUGCGCGGGAAGGGGCGCCCCGAGCGGAGCCCCCGGAGAGCAGCUGGAUGGGGGCCUCUCAGCCUGGAGCCCCGAAGGGGGGGGGAGGGGCUCCCAGGCACCUUGAUUCUUCUUCUUCUUCUUAUUCUUGCUAUUGCUUUAUUUGCACCCCGCCACCCUGUAUAUAAAAACAUAAUAGACCAUGAACCCCUGAGCAGACUUCCCUCUCCUGGGCCGCCUUCCCAUGUCUCCGAAAGGCGACCCUGUUCCUUCUUUCCCUGCUCGGUCCUGCACACAGAAACUCAGCUAUACAAUCUCAUUGCCAAAUGGCACGUCAGACCUGGGGAACGUAGGUAUCGGUUUUGAGGUUUUGUUGUUGUUACUGGUUCUACAGUGGUACCUCAAGUUACAGACACUUCAGGUUACAGACUCCGCUAACCCAGAAAUAGUACCUCAGGUUAAGAACUUUGCUUCAGGAUGAGAACAGAAAUCGUGCUCCGGCGGCGCGGCAGCAGCAGGAGGCCCCAUUAGCUAAAGUGGUGCUUCAGGUUAAGAACACUUUCAGGUUAAGAACGGACCUCCGGAAUGAAUUAAGUACCGUAUUUUUCGCCCCAUAGGGCGCACCUCAGUGCCCCCCCCGGCUUCUGGGUGCAGGCAGCUCUCCCACGGCUUGCGGAGAGCUUCCUGAAGCCUGGAGAGCAAGAGGGGUCGGUGCGCACCGACCCCCCUCGCUCUCCAGGCUUCAGCGAAAGCCUGUAAUCGCCGCACACACAUUUCCCCUUCAUUUUUGGAGGGGGAAAGUGCGUCCUAUAGGGCAAAAAAUACGGUACUUAACCCGAGGUACCACUGUAUACAGCUUUAUCUUUUAAAGAAGAAAUCUCAAAAGCGGCACAUUGAAAUACCAACUCAAAACAACCCAGAGCAAAACAAAGUCAAGCUUCCAGGAGAAUAUUUCAGCUCCUUCUUGAAGGGGCCUUUGGCUUCCCCCAGUCGCCAGCCUGGCACCCAGAAAUCUCCACUUGGACAUGCGCCAGUCGCAAAACACACCUGGCUAAUUUCUAAUGCUGCCUGCUCAGCAAAUGCCCUCCAGAACCAGAUGCUGAAAACUGCAGGAGGAGACAUUAUGGCCAGAUCCGGCUUGUGGGCAUCUGGUUGGCUCCUGGGGGUGUUGGUGGGGGUGGCAAGGACACUUAGCUUCCCAUGAGCUGCCAGGCUGAUUCAUGGUGAGACACCCCCACCCUCCCAACACCCUUGGAAGCAGCAGCAACCAUGUCGUCUGCUUCCUCUGCUGGAGGUUUCCAGCAGCCCCAUAGAGUUGGGGGCUGGGGGUUGGCUCCAGAUCUGCGACGUCAUUGUUUUAAUUUUAUCCAUUUCCUAAAACCUAACCAGACUGUAAAACAAACCCCAAUUGCCUCCAAGCUUUCUACAAAAAGAGAGAAACCAAGGAAAAAUUGCAACAGCAGUUUAAAACACAAAAGGUUUAAAGAGCAGAACGGGUUGAGAAUCUGCUUUCUAAGCCUUGUGAUUCUGGGGGGUGGGGAGUGUCCCUGCUGCUUCUCUUGUUCUCACUGCCCUCCUCUUUCCCUUCCGCCCCCCAGGUGUGUGAGGUGUGCCUCCCCUCUGUCGCCGUCGGCCAUGGCUCUGAUUGAGGGCGUGGGGGACGAAGUGACGGUCCUUUUUGGGGUGCUGCUGGUGCUGCUGGUGCUGGCCCUCGCCUGGUUCUCCACGCGCACGGUGGAGCGAGGGGACCCCCUCUUUGCCACCUCCCCCCCUCUGGCCGCAGGGGGGCAGCCGCGGGAAGGAGGCCUCCUGGUGGAAGACAGGCCUGGGGCGCAGGUCUCGGGGGUCCGGCAGGUCAAGGACGAAGGGGCGUCAUCUUCAGCUGCUGCCUCGGACGCCGGGGGGCUCAGGCAUCGGACGGCCCCCAGCCCUGCCCAGGGACCCCGGCUGGCCCCUGGCGCAGAAGCCCCCCCAGCAGACAACACCAUCGUCCUGCGGCUGAAGUUCCUGAAUGACACAGAGCGCCUGGCUCGGGUCCACCCUGACGACACUGUCGGCACCUUGAAGAGGUGAGGGGCUUCCUGUGGGGUUUUGGGGGGCUGCCCCAGCACUGCCGAUAGCUCCCUGUUCAGUGAGUUCCCAGCCCCACUGAAAGGAGCUUCACCACCCACCCUUUGGGGGGCUGCAAUGGCGUCAGAAUGCAAAUACGCAGCCAGCCCCCCUUCUCUGUUAACCAGGGAUGGAUUUGAGCGAUGGGAUGCGUAUCUGUGUCACUUUCCAUUCAGACAAAUCCCAAAGCGGCUCAGAAACAUUAAUAGGACAUCACAAGUACGGCAUAAAACACUGUUAUUAUUAUUAUUAUUUAUUUAAUUCUUGUUUAGCCCUUCGUCUGCAGAUCUCAGACAGUUCACCACAUCAAGUGUAUAAUUUUAAAAAAUCAACAAUUAUGGUCUAGAAAACACAAUUAGCAACCCAGCAACUGAGAAAUAAGCUCAAUAUCACCGUUGUAGUGUAAGUCGUAUGAUAGGCUUAACAAACCAAUAGGGCAUUUGUAAUCUGUGAAACAAUAUUGACAAAAUAGCAACUGAAAAAUGAGCUGAACGCUUCUGAGUUCACACACACACACACUCCCAACCACAACUAUUCAGUUCAUUUAAAUGCAGUGCAUUAAAAGGACCCUGAAUUAGCAGAAAUGCCUACAGCAGAUCCAGAGUUCCACUUAUCAGGGGACCAUCUCCCUUUGGAGUCAGCCAAAAACUUCAAACCCAGGGCAGGGGUUAAGCCGCUGUCACUUAUUAGUGGUGUUUGUAGACGGCCCUCCAGAUGUAUCACAAACUGAGCAGUGUUGGCAGCUUCCUUGUACUGAGCUUGACCCGUUACUUCCACUCACUUAGUUGCCUACACUGGCUGGCAGCAGUGGCCCUCUGGGAUUUCCGGGAAGGUUUCCUCCAGCCCUGCCUGGAGAUGCUGUCGGUGGGGAGGGAAGCCGGGACCUUCUGCUUGCGAGGCAGACGCUCUGCUGGUUGAGCUGUGCCCUUUGGCAUUGCUGGGGGUGUGUGUGUCAAGGGCAUUUGGGGCUCCCUUCCAGCCCUCCCAUGCUAGGAUCCCCUUGUUCACCCGGGCCAAGGGACAUGAGCCUCUCUCCUUCUCUUUCCGCCCCGCCAGGACCCACUUCCCGGGCCAGGAGCAACUGGUGCGCCUCAUCUACCAGGGCCAGCUCCUCCGGGACGACUCUCAGACGCUCUCUGCCCUGCACCUCGCCCACAACAGCGUGGUGCACUGCCACAUCUCGCAGAACCGGCCGUCGCCUGCGCCCGCCCACGGCAACGGUGCCCAGGCGGACGCCGCCCAGGCGGCCCUCAACGUGGGCAGCCUGAUGGUGCCUCUCUUUGUGCUGAUGCUGGGCGCCCUCUGGUACUUCCAGCUCCAGUACCGCCACGUCUUCACGGCCACGGCCACCACCUGCCUGGCGGGCCUCACCCUCGUCUUCAGCUUCGUGGCCUUUGCCGUCUACCGCAGAUAGCGCCCGGACGAGGCCUGGACUCUGUGCGCCAGCCUGCCGGACAGAGACCUCGCAGGCUCCCCGACUGCCUCCUUGGAGCUGCCUGGAUGUGUCUUCCUUGCCUUUCGUCUUUGCGCCUCCCCCCAGGGGGAGGCACCCUCCCAGGAUGCCACACGCAGCAGCGGGUGCCUUGCAUGUACCUCCAAGCGGGACUGGACUGGAGGGGGCUGGGGAGGGGGGCAGGAGCCGCCUGUGGUGCCUAAGUGGGGCAGGGGCCCUGGGGGAGGGGCUGGUGGGGGUGGGGCCUUGUGUGCCUGGGCCGAGAGCAGUGGGCGGGUAGGGGCGUGUUUUAAAAUUAAAACUGUGAAGGAUGGGAAGUGGUCUCCCUCGUGGUGUGUGGCUGCGGGGGGGGGGGGGCUAGAAACUCCGAUGCAGAAGCUCAUCACCAAAGGCCACCUGAGAACUAGGUCAUGGUUGCCACAACAGACUAUCUAGGCACCAAUCCCCCCCCCCCCGAUGAAAAUCAAUUAUAAUUAUAUAAUAUAUAAUUAUAUUUUAAAGAGAAAAUCUCCAAGCUGUUUACAACACAUUGGAACAUCAAAUAAAGCAAUCCGGAAUG